AGUCAAAGCAGAUCAAAUAGGUUAAUUUUGGUCAUUAUCACAUUUUUUAUUAAGUUAUUUUUAAAAAAAAAUUAUUUACCAAAAAAAUAAAUAAUAAAAUAAAUUAAAAAAGCCACUCUGUAUGAGCUGUAGAGCCACAACUUCUAUGUUCAUCUUUAACGUUACUACAAAUACUUGUUUUUGUUCUUGUUCUUUUCAGAUACAAACAUAAACAUUGUUAUUAUCUUCUUCUCUCUGUCUCGUUCAUUACAUAAUAAUUUUAUUUUUUUAUUUUUUUUAUUUUACCCAACCAAACUCCGAAGCUAUGGCUGAACUCCAAACCAAGGAAGAAGCAGCUCCAGUUCCGACUCCAGCUCCAGUGGAACCUCCACUAGCUGAGGCACCACCGGCUAAUGUUGUUGAGAAGAAAGAGGCAGCAGCUCCGGUACCACCUGCGGCGGAGGACACAAAAGCUCUUGUUGUUGUGGAAAAUGAGAAGACACCAGAUCCUAUUAAAAAGAAAGCCACAGGAGGAUCCCUUGAUAGAGAUAUUGCUCUUGCAGAAAUAGACAAAGAGAAAAGGUUAUCUAAUGUGAAGGCAUGGGAAGAAAGUGAAAAAUCCAAAGCAGAAAACAAAGCACAAAAGCAACUCUCUACUGUUGCUGCUUGGGAAAACAGCAAGAAAGCAGCUCUUGAAGCUCAACUCAGAAAAAUUGAGGAGCAAUUGGAGAAAAAGAAAGCAGAAUAUGGUGAGAAGAUGAAGAACAAAAUUGCUAUGCUUCACAAGCAAGCAGAGGAGAAGAGAGCAAUAGUUGAAGCAAAAAAGGGUGAAGAAAUUCUGAAGGCAGAGGAAAUAGCUGCAAAACAUCGUGCAACUGGAACCAUUCCAAAGAAACUCUUUGGAUGCUUUUAAUAAUGACAUUAUACAAGUAAUGAAAUUUUGUCUAUAAUGUUGUUAUUAUUAUUGUUGUUUGUUUUUAAUGUUGUUUGUGUGUGUAAGGAAAGUAAUGGAAAGGGAAAAUACAAUUGAGGAACAUGUUGGACAGCUCAUAGGAUCUUUGGUUUAGUUGAAGUGUCCAAUGUCAUAUAUUUUUUAUUUAUUUUUUUGUUUGUAGACGAAGUGUCAAACAUUACCUGAAUAUGUUUUCUUUUUAAUUAUAAAACUCUUGGGCGAAUAUGAUGCCUAUUACUA